AUGGGUCUCACAGUCAAAGCAACCAUCGCCUCCUUCGGCGGCAAGCUCUUCAAGCUCUCCCACCCCUCCACCUCCACCGGCACCGACAUGGCCGUGAACCUGUACCUCCCUCCCCAAGCCCUCAAGUCUUCCACCAAAGUCCCGGUCCUGAUCUACCUCUCCGGCCUAACCUGCACCCCCGAGAACUGUUCCGAAAAGGGUUUCUUCCAGCACGGCGCCUCCAAGCGCGGCGUCGCAAUCGUCUACCCUGACACUUCCCCGCGCGGACUCAACCUCCCCGGCGAGAAGGACUCGUGGGAUUUCGGCGAAGGGGCCGGGUUUUACGUCGACGCCACGCAAGAGCCUUUCAGCAAGGGGUACAAGAUGGACACGUACAUCACGCGCGAGCUUCCGUCUGUUUUGUUUGGGGCAGACUCCGAAUUUGGCAAGUACUUGGAUGCCGAGCGGGUCAGCAUCACGGGCCAUAGCAUGGGCGGCCACGGCGCGUUGAGUUUGUACCUCAAGAACCCGGGCAUGUACAAGAGCGUCAGCGCCUUUGCGCCGAUUGCGAACCCGUGUGAGUGUGCGUGGGGCAAGAAGGCGUUUGGGGGCUAUCUUGGUGAGGAGAACAAGGAGGAGUGGAAGAAGCAUGAUGCGACGGAGUUGAUCAAGGGGGAGAAGUGGAGGGGACACAAGGAUGCGAGGGUGCUGGUUGAUGUCGGCACCGCGGAUAACUUUUAUAAGCAGGGGCAGUUGUUGCCGGAGAACUUUGAGAAGGCGGUUAAGGAGGCGGGCGUGGAGGGGGUGACGGUUAGGUACCAGGAGGACUACGACCACUCGUACUACUUCAUGGCAUCUUUCAGCGAUGAGCACGUUGACCAUGCGGCCAAGUACCUGGGAAUUCUCUGA